AUGUCCAAUUUUCUGAGAAAGCUCUCAGUUUCGAAUAGAAACUCUCUCCUUCGCAUCAUAGCAAUCGCUUCUGCCGGGUCGGGUCUUCUGAGCAAAUGUAGCAGUGAAGGUUCCUGCGGGUCUGCAGGAAUUACGCAAUACAUAUUUCCCCGCCCUUCGUUACUUUCAUCGGAUCAAUGGCAACCUGGAACGCUUCCAUUAUUUUCUUCUAGAGUUGGUUCGGUUCCAUCAUCGGAUAUAAAGAACGACAACUCUGAGGCAGUUGGAGGCGACCACAAACCAUGUUGCAAUUGUUUGGGGAGAGAUACAAUUGCAAAUGCUGCUGCUACGGUUGGUCCUGCUGUAGUCAAUCUUUGGGUUCCACAGGGUAUAUAUUUUGAUCAGGAUGGUACAAUUUUAACAUGCGCACAUGUUGUGGUUGAUUUUAAAGGCAAUAUUGGUUCAGUCAAAGAAAAGGUUGGUGUGACUUUGCAAGAUGGUCGGACAUUUGAAGGUACAGUAGUAAAUGCUGAUUUACAUUCUGAUAUUGCAAUUGUAAAGAUACAUUCAAAAACCCCGCUUCCGACUGCAACACUUGGCUCUUCCAGUAAGCUUCGUCCUGGGGACUGGGUUGUUGCUAUGGGAUGUCCAUUUUCUCUUCAGAAUACCAUCACAGUUGGUAUUCUAAUGUAUUCAGAAUAAAUACUCAUUACAAAAUUUCUAUGUACUUUUAUCCAUUAUAUAUAUGUGUGUGUGUGUGUAGAUUAUAUGGUUUUAAAAGAGUCUUCCUGUCAAAAAUUCUUGGACCAUUUACAGAUUUAUGGUAUUACGUGUUGUCAGCACUCAAGUGACCUCAUGUGUCAUGUACUUCAUUUGGGUAUAAUAUGAUAGAUCUCAUGCUGGGGCUUAGAUUAAUGAAACUAUAAAUUACUGAUUCUUAAUGCCUUCUCUCAUAUUAUUC